AUGAUUCGGUUUUCCAACAGCCUUCUGGAACGAGUUAAGUUCGAGAACCGAGGAAAUGAGGUAAAAUACGAUACGAACAAUAAUGAGGAGGAGGAGGAGGAGGAGGGAGAACAGUUCGAUUUUGACAGCGGAGAUGAGGUUCCAGAGGCGGACAGAGAAGCCCCGGGCGCCCCCGAGGAGGUGUGCCAUUCUGUGACGUGGGAGCUGGAAUGCCUGCAUGGAAACGGCCGAGGGGCAGACGGGACAGGGACCGACAAGGGCGCGCCGGUGGAACCGACUAAGCUUGGGGUCCCAGCGAGAGUGAACCCCUACUCCAUCAUCGACAUCACGCCCUUCCAGGAAGAGCAGCCUGCGCCCCCAGACCCCGAGGCCCAGGAGGAGGGCGUGAGCCUGCACGUGCCCAGCGGGUACUCGGUGCCCGUGCCCUGCGGCUACGCCGUGCCCUCCAACCUGCCCGCGCUCCUGCCCGCCUACUCCAGCCCCGUCAUCGUGCGCUCCGUGUCCCUGGACGAGGAAGAGACCCCCGAAGUGGCGGAAGACGGCCAGGGCAACUCUCUGAGUUCUGAGGACCCAGCAAACAGUGAGGACCGGGCCCGAGCCGAGGACAGCCCCCUGGCCCGCUGGGUGGCAGACCCCGCCAACACCGCCUGGAUGGACAACCCAGAGGAAGCCAUUUACGACGACGUGCCGAGGGAGGAGUCAGACUCCGAACCAGAUGAGAUGAUCUACGACGACGUCGAGAACGGAGACGAGGGUGGGAACAGCUCCCUGGAGUACGGAUGGAGUUCCAGUGAGUUUGAAAGUUACGGGGAGCAGAGCGACUCCGAGGGCAGGAACGGGGUCCCCCGGUCCUUCCUGCGCAGCAGCCACAGGAAGCAGCUGUCGCAUGACCUGGCCCGGGUGAAGGCGCACUAUGAGAGAAAGAUGAGAGAGUUGGUGGCCAGCACAGUGGGCUCGGGUGAGAUUCAGCAGCUAAAGCAGAAGCAGGAGCUGAAGGUGCAGAAGCUGAUGAAGGCGGCCAAGGAGGGCACGCGGGACGGGCUGGAGAAGACCAAGGCCGCCGUGAAGAAGGGCCGCUCCUUCAUCCGGACCAAGUCCUUCAUUUCCCAAGAUCCCAGGCCGGGCCUCGAGGAGGAGCAGAGCGUGUUCAUCGACGUGGACUGCCGGCACCCCGAGGCCGUGCUCACCCCGAUGCCGGAGGGGCUGUCCCAGCAGCAGGUGGUCAGGAGGUACAUUCUGGGCUCGAUUGUCGACAGCGAGAAGAACUACGUGGACGCCCUCACGCGGAUCCUGGAGCAGUAUGAGCGGCCGCUGGCGGAGAUGGAGCCGCGGGUGCUGAGCGAGCGGAAGCUGCGGGUGGUGUUCCACCGGCUCCGGGAGGUGCGGCAGUGCCACCGCCUGUUCCAGAUGGCGCUGGCCAGCCGUGUGGCCCUCAGCCAGCUGCCCGGACGCCGCAGCCCGAGUAACUUCCUGCCGCUGUCGCUCCAACCCCGCCAGGUGGUCAGGAGGUACAUUCUGGGCUCGAUUGUCGACAGCGAGAAGAACUACGUGGACGCCCUCACGCGGAUCCUGGAGGUACUGUCGCUCGCCGUCCACCUGCUCACAAAGGCCUUUCGGUCUAACUUUAACUCUGAUGCAGCCGCCGACAAAGUGCUCUGGACACAGUAUGAGCGGCCGCUGGCGGAGAUGGAGCCGCGGGUGCUGAGCGAGCGGAAGCUGCGGGUGGUGUUCCACCGGCUCCGGGAGGUGCGGCAGUGCCACCGCCUGUUCCAGAUGGCGCUGGCCAGCCGUUAUCGAGGUUGGGAGGCCCAGGGCCGCUGCGUUCCUCACGUGUCCCGUGUCCGAUUCCAGUUCUCCAAGUCCAUGGUGCUGGACGCCUACAGCGAGUACGUCAACAACUUCAGCGCGGCCGUGGCCGUCCUCAAGAAGGCCUGCUCCACGAAGCCCGCCUUCCUGGAGUUCCUAAAGCAGAGCCAGGAGUCCAGUCCAGACCGCGUCACGCUCUACAGCCUGAUGACCAGGCCCAUCCAGAGGUUCCCGCAGUUCAUCCUGCUGCUCCAGGACAUGCUGAGGAACACGCCCCGUGGACACCCCGACCGGCUGCCCCUCCAGAUGGCGCUGACGGAGCUGGAGACGUUAGCAGAGAAAUUGAACGAGAGAAAGCGAGACGCAGAUCAACGCUGCGAAAUGAAGCAGCUAGCGAAAGCCAUAAACGAGAGAUACCUGAACAAGCUUCUCAGCAGUGGGAGCCGGCACCUCAUCCGGUCCGACGACGUGAUCGAGACCGUGUACAACGACCGCGGCGAAGUCCUCAAGACCAAGGAGCGGCGGCUGCUCAUGCUGACCGACGUGCUCAUGUGCGUCACGGUCAGUGCCCGGCUGGGCACUGGUCACUGCCCUGCAGCCGGACCUGAGGGGACACAGCGUCCAGGAAGCGGCUACUUUAUUGGCCUUGAAGGCUCGCCUUCCUGCCUGGAUCUGGAGCAGGGGCCCCGGACGUGCAUUUCCACGGAAAGUGGACAGGAGGAGGCCGUCUGCACACGGGUGGCUCUGAGCUCAGGUGCCCCGGUCCAGGCCCAUGGGGUGGUUUCCGUGGUGACGGAGCGAGCUGGCACUCAUCCCCGCUCUUCCUCCCGGGCAGUGGCGGGCGCACCCCCAGCCGCCGCCUCCUGUGCGUGUUUUGCAGACAGAGUCCACGUGGGGCCCGGGCAGCUGUACCAGGACCUGCAGAACCUGCUCCAUGACCUCAACGUGGUGGGGCAGAUCGCGCAGCUCGUCGGGGACCUGCGGGGGCACUACCAGAACCUGAACCAGGCCGUGGCCCACGACUGGGCGUCCGGGCUGCAGAGGCUGGUCCUGCGGAAGGAGGAGGAGAUCCGCGCGGCCGACUGCUGCCGGCUCCAGCUGCAGCUCCCGGGCAAGCAGGACAAGUCCGGGCGGCCCACCUUCUUCACGGCCGUGUUCAGCACCUUCACGCCCGCCUGCAAGGAGUCCUGGCUCAGCAGCCUGCAGAUGGCCAAGCUCGCCCUGGAGGAGGACAACCACCUGGGCUGGUUCUGCGUGGAGGACGAUGGCAACCAGGUCAAGAAGGACCGGCACCCGCUCCUCCUGGGACACAUGCCGGUGACGGUGGCCAAGCAGCAGGAGUUCAAGGUGCGGGAAGGAAGCAUCUCCGUCUACAAAAGUAGCCCAGGCGCCAAGAAAGUGCGGCUGCAGCAGUUCUUCACCCCCGACAAGGCCACGGUCAUGAGCUUGGCCUGCACGCCGCGCAACCUGUACGCGGGCCUGGUCGAUGGGGCCGUGGCCGUCUACGCAAAAGCACAAGACGGAUCCUGGGAUUCCGAGCCUCAGAAAGUGAUAAAGUUGGGCGUGCUGCCGGUCCGGAGUCUGCUGGUGGCGGAGGACACCCUGUGGGCGGCCUCGGGAGGCCAGGUCUCCAUCGUCAGCGUGGAGACGCACGCCGUGGGGAGCCAGCUGGAGGCCCACCAGGAGGAGGGCAUGGUGGUCUCGCACAUGGCCAUUGCUGGCGUGGGGAUCUGGAUCGCCUUCACCUCCGGGUCCACGCUGCGCCUGUUCCACACGGAGACCCUCAAACACCUCCAGGACAUCAACAUAGCCACGCCUGUCCACCACAUGUUACCAGGGCCCCAGCGGCUGUCCGUGACCAGCCUGCUCGUCUGCCACGGCUUGCUGAUGGUCGGCACCAGCCUGGGGCUCGUGGUGGCCCUGCCUGUCCCUCGUCUGCAGGGCAUCCCCAAAGUGACAGGGAGGGGCAUGGUCUCCUACCACGCACACCACGGGCCCGUCAAGUUCCUGGUCACGGCCACCGCCCCGCCCAGGGCCGACCAAUCCCCCUGCUGCACGUGUGACGGGGACCACUCAGAGCAGCUUCGGGAAGAAAUGUGCAAUAUUGGGGGGUGGCGGCGCCCCCUGCCUUCUCCCUGCGGAGAACUGGACCAAGAUGCCAGAGGGCCUUACGUGGGGUUGGCCCCCAGCGCCCGAGCAGCAGCCCGCACAGGUGACGUCAAAGCCACAGGUGUGAUGAGUUUGGGACGGAGCUAUGGACUGAAUGUGUCCCCCCAAAUUCAGGUGUUCAAUCUCAACCCCAAGGGGACGGUGUCGGGAGGCGGGGCCUGUGUGGGUGAUGAGGCAUGA